CUAUUUCUGUUUGGCCGCGUUAGUUUCAUUUGGGUUGUCGUUUGAGUAACUGGUACGAUGAAAGUCGUACUGGCAUUAAUGCUUGUGUUCAGCGGUGUUAUCCAGGCUGCAAAUAUUUUGUACAUUGACGGUGUUCCAUCUCCAAGUCACUUCAUCUGGCAUCGAGCGCUCAUCUAUGGACUGGCAGGAAAAGGCCACAACGUGACAGCAGUUAGUGUGGAUACGGAGGAAAAUGCGCCCUCAAAUGUAACGUUCAUAAAAGUAGAGGGCGUGUAUGAGAAAUUUUUCGACAGUCACGAUGAUGCAUUGGACUUUUUUGCCAUGAUAGAACUCAACACAUUUUCGAUGAUGAACAUAUUUAAUGACUACAUCUUGAGGAGUUGUAUGUAUUCAUUGGAAUCUGAAGGGUUGAAGCAGAUUUUAAACUAUCCGGCUGGUUUCAAAUUUGAUCUGAUUAUCAGUGAUUAUCUGCAAGGGCCAUGUAUUUCCGCACUGACGCAACACAAGUUUGGGAGACCUCCCUAUAUACCGGCAACCGGUUUCCACGGUUUCACGACCGCUACUCCCAUGUCGGGUACCUAUUCUUUUUCAGGGAUGGUUCCCAACCAUGAAUACGAUGUUACCGAGCACAUGAACUUUCGCCAACGUUUUAUGAAUUUUCUGUAUAACCAUUGGGAGGAACUGUCGAAAAGUUAUAUUAUGAUUCCAGCGAUAGAUAAAUUGGUGCGCAAAAUAAUGCCCGAUAUUCCUUACGUUGGAGAGCUUGACAAAGACGCCCGUGUCAUUCUACUUAACUCAAAUCCAGUUAUUCAAUAUUCGGAACCAUCGAUGCCAAACGUCAUAUCGGUGGGUGGAAUGCAAAUAAUCAAAACGAAGAAGCUUCCCGAGGAUCUGAGCACAAUUCUGGAUAAGGCCAAACCAGGUGCGAUUUUAUUCUCGCUGGGAACAAACGUCCGCAGCGAUCUGCUGGGAAAGGAACGAAUCAUUGAAAUAAUGAACGCCAUGAGGCAAUUGCCGCAGUAUCAAUUCUUGUGGAAAUUCGAAUCGGAUGGUCUGCCGAUUGAGGUACCGAAAAACGUGUACAUUCGGAAAUGGAUGCCGCAGAACGAUUUACUCGCCCAUCCCAAUUUGAAACUCUUCAUAACACACAGCGGCUUACUGAGCACUCAAGAAGCAAUUUGGCAUGGCGUGCCGAUCAUCGGAUUUCCGGUGUUCGCAGAUCAGAAUCGUAACAUAAACUAUUGCACCCAGAUGGGUGUAGGAAAGCGUCUCUCUAUUAAAGAUGUGAAAAGCAAAGAUUUAGUAGAUGCUGUUCAGGAAAUUAUGACAGAGAAAAGGUACCAAAAAAAUAUGGCUGAUCUGUCGGGCAUGUUCCGUGAUCAGAAAGAGCAUCCUCUGGAUCGGGCUAUUUGGUGGGUGGAGUGGGUGUUACGUCAUCCCAACAGUACAAUUCUGCAAUCCAAUGGUGUCAAUAUUAACUGGAUAGUUAAAUACUCGUUUGAUGUGAUCGUGCCGCUGGUGUUGUUAGGAGUGUUGGUAUUUUCAAUGAUACUCAAAUCUGUGAAGUGUGUGUUGGUAAUGAAAACAUCGUCGAAAGUCAAGCAUGAAUGAACAACGCAUGAUUCGCUCAGAGCAGGUGAUAAUUGAAAUUAAUUGUUUUUAAUUGCGAUGACACGAAGAGAACUGUUUCGUGGGCAUUUCGGUAGUACUGGUGCAGAUUCGUUAAAAAAAUGGUAAACGGUUAUGUUAAAGUUGCCAUAAAACUGAUUUCAUUGAUGUUUUUUAAAAAAUUGAUACCUUUUUUCGAUUUUUCGAGGAAACAUCUAUAGACUCAUCAAAGCGUCCCGUGUCGGCGAUUUGAUUUACUACAAUCAUGUAUUUUCACAAGGAAAUCACAAUAUUAAAAAAAAAAAAAUCGCGUGUGUAAUGCACAAUAAAUCAACUGUAUCGUCCUCUUCUCACUCCCUUCUAGGAACAUCAAAUUCUAAAUUUCUUUUCCUGUUAUUUCCGCUACAGUUAUACAGUGUGAAUUAUUCUGAGCAAUUAUACCAAAUCUAUAGCAUAGUUUGGUUCUGGUUUCUUGCGCUUGUGAUUUUCAACUCACAGUUAGUUUUCGAUGAUGGUGAUGGUACACCUCAGAUUCCUACAAAGGAUUGGACAGGACGAUUCCUCACAUACACCCAAAUUAGCGUUGUCAGAAAGCAUUCCAUUUUCGGCAGAAACCAUGCCUUUUCGUGUCUUGUACCUAUAGACUGUUGUUCUCGAAGGAGCAGAAGUGGAAUGAACUUUCAACAACUACUGCAUUGUUUGUUCAGGAGUUUGUCCCAUCAAUAAACCAUGUUCGACCAAAAUACGAUAUUCGACAGAUUUCGCUCCAACUCGUCUAUAGGAUUGGCAUAACUCUCUCAGAACUUAAUGAAUCUUUCUGGGCGUGAAUACCCUACCUAAUUAAGCAACUUGGUAUACUUAGUUUUCCCAAAAUUCAUCAAGACUAACAUAUGGAAAGGGCCAAAUAUUUUUGACCAUUUUUUUAUAUUAAGCUGUCAAAAAAGUCCUGCGGUUUUUUUUUUAAAUUUUCAUUUGUUCAUAAAAUUAGUUACAAUCAUCUGUUUUAAGUCAAAUAUGCGCCGUUUUGUUCGAUGACUUGUUCCCAACGAGCUGCUAACUUCAUAAUACCCCUGUUAUAGAAGCUCGCUUCCUUAUUGGCAAAAAACUCGGAUAGCCAAUUUUCACUUUUGACUACCUAGCUCGUUCGCCAUGGACAAAAACAGGUGGUAGUCACUUGGUGCAAGGUCCGGACUAUACGGCGGAUGCAAAAGAACCUCCCAUCCGAGCUCCCGGAGCUUCUGGCGCGUCACCAAAGAAGUGUGUGGCCUGGCGUUGUCCUGAUGGAAGACAAUGCGGCCUCUGUUUAUCAAAGAUGGCCUCUUCUUCAUGAGUGCUACCUUCAAGCGGUCCAGUUGUUGGCAGUACAGGUCCGAAUUGCUCAUAAUAGAUUAUUCCUUGACAAUCCCACCAAACACACAGCAGAACCUUCCUGGCCGUUAAUGAGGACUUGGCCACCGUCUGAGCCGCUUCAGCGGGCUUCGACCACGACCGUUUGCGCUUCACGUUGUCGUAAGUGACCCACUUUUCAUCGUCAGUUACCAUCCGCUUCAGAAACGGGUCGAUUUUGUUGCGAUUCAGCAGCGAUUCACAUGCGUCGAUACGGUCAAAGAUGUUUUUUUUGCGUCAACGUGUGUGGCACCCAUACAUCGAGCUUCUUUGUGAAUCCAAGCUUCUUCAAAUGGUUAAUAACGGUUUGAUGACUUAUCUCCAGCUCUUGGCCGAUGCUACGGCUGCUACUAUGCCGGUUUUUCUCGGCUAAUUCAGCAAUUUUGUCGCAAUUUUCGACGACAGGCCUUCCGGAGCGUGGCGCAUCUUCGACGACCUCUACACCAGAACGAAAACGUUGAAACCAUCGUUAUACGGUGGAAAUGGAAACUGUAUCAGGUCCAUAAACUGCACAAAUUUUAUUGGCAGCUUGAGAUGCAUUUUUGCCUUUUUUUUAUCCCUUUUGUUUAUUUUAGGCUAAUUAGCAUUUUAGCUGUAACAGAGCCGAAUUUCAAUCGUGUACAUGUCACAUGUUUAUCAUAUCUAUAAUUAGCACAUUACACAGUUGCCAUGUUUUCGGCAUUAGAGUAUUCCCUUCUAUACCAUUGCAUAUGGUACACAUUUACACAGUUGCCAUAUAGGCGUAAGAGUUUUCGUUCUGUUCUUCCAUUAUCCAGUUAGACCGGACAGCGGAGACAGUUGAUUGAUCAUUGUUGAGUUAUUUAUAGGACAGCAGCCCGAUGUUUCUUGCAGAGCAGAGCAGUUGUAUGGAUGAAUCGAUCUUAUUUCGACCGUGGAUCGAUCUCCAUCGCUGAGGAUUGUUGCGUGGACGUAGUUAUUCUGUAACAACACAAAGAUGGUCAAUGAGGGCCCAGAGUUUUGAACUCACGAUCGAUCGCUUACUAAGCGAACGCGCAACCAAUGUGGCAACGGAGACCCCCAUUUUUGCCUUUGUCAUAGUAGUACUGUAAAAUAUGUCGGAUUUUCUCUUUAUUUUGCUCCAUAUUUGCGACACUAUAACUCACGAACGACUUAACCAAACAAAACACUGUCAAGGACUAUAUUAUAGCGCAGGUAUUAAAAAUACCUUUCCAACAAGCUAUAGUAUGACUCGAUACAAUGAAUACAACUAGAACUACGCGCUUACAACGACACCUCGCGGAAAUACCGCAGGACUUUUUUGACAGCCUAAUAUUUUUUUUUACUCGAAAAUGGUAAGUCCUACAAAAAAGUAAUCUAUGGAAGAGUUUUAGGAAAACAAUUGAAUUUUCAGAAAAGAAUACUGAAAAAAUAUUUUUUGAAAUCAUACACUGAAAAAAUCGAUUUCAAGAACUAAAAGUCGAUUUUAUCAAAAUGGUCAUCUCAGAGUUCGAUGAAAUGGUAGAUAAAUACGUGCCCAACAACUCUCCCAUACAUUGUUGCACAACGAUUUUGUAUCUGUAACUUUGUAGCUGAGCUUCGUAAUGGUAAGAGAGAGCUUGUCCAGAAGCGCCUUUUGAUGAUGUCUCUCAAAGAGGCGUUCAUGAUUUUUCAAGAAACUUGCAACAUAAAUGUUGGGUUCACACUGUUUACGCAGUUGAGGCCAAAGCACUGUAUAUUACAUGAUAGUACAGGAACCCACAAUGUUUGUGUAUGUAUCAUUCAUGAAAUAGUAAAACUAAUGGAUAACAGCUUGAGAACGAUUUCGCAUACACAAGUCAUGGAAAAAAGGCUAUGUAGUAUUACAUUUUUUAAUAUGUAUUUAGAGUGUGGUAUCUCUCGUACCAGUCUCCCUUAUGUAAGGGAAUAUUACAAAAUUUACAUACGAAACAUGUUCGAUUUCUUAUCUUUUUCGAUGCACAUACUCUACAUUGUUUUUGGGUUUUUUUUUGCAUUUUGCAUCUCUAUUCAUAUCAGUUUGUGCUUCUUCAUGCAUGAUAAUCUUUCUGGAUGAUCUGGUUUUGGUGCUCUUCUUGUAGGCUCUGAAGUUUUUUGGUGGUUAUUUGAGUCUGUUUCGUCACUUUGAGAAUCAGUUGAUGAUACAUCAGAUAUCAACGAAAGUGCCACUUGGUGUAAGAAUUUCAUGUAUGUCAUUUUCUUUCCGUUCAAUGUUGUGUACGUUUUAAAUGAAUUAAAAAGCGCACAAUUGAUUAAAAACAUUACAACUCGUUUGGUCCACUUCUUAGUUUUUCUAAAAAUGGAGUAAUACGACAGAUAUUGAUCUGCGCGAUCUACGCCCUUCAUAUACUUGUUGUAACUAAUUAUCGACUCAGACUUUUGAAUUGAUAUAUGCGAUUUUCUAUUUACACUUCCAGAUUCCAUUAUUCGCGCCGAAUGUAUCGUCGAUAUCAUGUUUACAUUUCGUUUACCGUUAUUCCAUAUUUGUAAUAGAAUAUCGUUUUUUCUACGAAAUGUGGUUUGACCAUUUGAAAUGGUUAUGUUUUGAAGACAUUGUGGAAGACCUUUAUUUUUCCGAAUGGUCCCACAUACCCGUACUUUGUUUUGCAGGAGUACUUCAGCUAUAUGGACACUGUUAUAAUAAUUGUCCUGAUAAACUUGAUGCCAAAGAUUUUUAUACAGAUCAAUAACUUCUAGAAUAGUGUUUUCUAGUUUCAUUCCUUGGCCAGCAUACACUUGAAAAUUACAAAUGUAUCCUAUGUGUGCUUCACAGACUGCUCUCACAAGUAUGCCGUACUUUACAAUUUUCGCAGGAUUGUAGGUUCGGAAUGAUAGUCUUCCUCGCCACGUAAUAAUACAUUCAUCUAAUGAUAAUUGUUGAUAAGGUUUAUAUACAUCAACAAACCUUUUCUUUAAAUAAAUUAUAACUGGCUGAACUUUUACAAGUCUGAUUGAAUUUGUGGAUACAUCUUCAUUAUUACAAAAGUGCCAGCUCUGCCAUAUCUGCAUAAAUCUAUUUCUGCCCAUUACUUUUGCAAAAAACGGAGUUUCGAUGCUUUGAUCAGUCGACCAAAAUCAUGAAGUCUAUCUUUUUUUACUUGGCCCAUUAGAACAAUUAGACCUAAAAAUCGUUUCAUUUCUGGAAACGUAAUAUCCACCCAUUUUUUCGUCUUUGAGAUAUUUUUAUAUUUAUUGAUUACUUGAUAGUGAUAUCUAUUCGAUUCUGUAACCAAAUAUUCUAAAAGGUCAUCUCCAAUAAAUAAAUUGACAAUGUCCCUUACACUUGCUUCAGAUUUUGGUAGAAUUGUUAUGCCUGGGUUGCCUUCGAAAGGUUCCAAAAUAAUUGAUUUGUUAUUGUUGACCAUGUAUCAUUAUCUUCUGAAUCGCUAUAUUGCAGUGGCAAUAAUUUUCGCGGCUUCCGAGUAUUGAUAAAAGAAUCACUGCUAUUAUCAUCAUCAUUAUCACUGCUAUCACCAUCACUUUCGCUUUCUGAAUAACUGCUAUAGUCUGACAAAGCAUCUAAGCAAAACUCUUCAUCUGCACUUUUUUUUAUCCAUUAGAAACGGUAAAAAGCUAUUAUAAUUGAUAAAAAAUUGGAGAGGUCAGUACAAAGCUGCAAAUAAUUAAUGAUGUUGGCGCUGCGAAGUUAUAAACAGAGCAACCCACUGACAAAAACCGUCGAUAACCAAAAGCCGAUUAAUAGGCUACCGGUCAAUAAGCGCUGGUAAUCGAAAAGCCGAUAAAUAGGCUGAUGUCACAUUAGGCGGAUUCGCCACCGCGGAUAUCGCGACGGUUAUUUUUCUCGAUAUGAAUUCGCUUCUAAAUCCGCCCCGCUCUGUGUGACAUGGCUCAUUCACAAUACACUGUAGAUCAUCCGCUGCGGUUUUACUCGCGGAAUCCGCGGCGGCGAAUCCGCCUAAUGUGACAUCAGCCAUAGGCUACCGGUCGAUAAAGUGUUAAACAGAUAAAAAAUCAUUUUUCAACAAUGGCUGACCACAGACCGUUGUAAUUUGGAAACGAUUUUAAAACCAAUCGAUGAAUUUGUGCCGUAUUUCGUUGAUAAACUCAUAGAGCAUGACUUUAAUCACAAACAGCAGUCUGCUUUUUCGCGAAAUAAGUAUCUUUGACGCAAGGAGAAAUACUAAUAAUUCGUGAUUUUCAGAGAAUUAUUCAUUCAUAAUUCAAAAUGCGGCACAGGGAUAUCACUGGAAUAACUUGCAAGCAACUAUUCACCCAUUUGAAGUAUACUACAAAAAGAUGGUAAACUAGAAAACGUAAGCUUUAUAAUUAUUUCAGAAGUUUUAACACACGACACUUGUUUAUAGGUAAAAUAAGUAAAAAAUAACAUUUUAAGUUAUACGAUUUCUGUAUGAUUAAAUAUAAUAAUAAUAAUACAGAUAAUGUACUAAAAGCUUGAAAAUAAUUAAACAAGUAGCAGUUAGCAUUUAUCAUACCCCUUCUUUCAUUAAUCAAGAACAUUGAUGAUACUAAAAUAAAAUCGCGGGGCAUAUGAUGAAACCAUUAAAUGCGUGUAAUGGAAAUCCAACGUACUCCACGAUUUAAGUACAUUAUUUGUAUCAUUAGCAUAUUUCUCUAUAAUAAAACCGUUCAACCCUU